AUGGCAACGACGUUGAAAGCGGCUGCGUCGACCGCAGCUACCGUGGUGGCGGCGACAACGGCAACCUCAUCAUCGACCACCUCUUCAGCCAAGUUCAUCCCGCGCCAGACUUUCGACGUCUCUUCGUCCAUUGUGCGGUCCUACUUCUUGGGUCACCACCGCGGCGCCUUGUCUGCCAUGCAGCGCAUCCUGUCCAACAUUUCCCUCAUUGUCGAAUGCCGCGACAGUCGCGUCCCGUUGACCUCGACGAACCCGCUGCUCGAAUCCUCCCUCGCCGGCCGCGAUCGCAUCAUUGUCUACACAAAGUCGGAUCUCGCCUUUGACGGGGAACAGAGCCGCUUCAAGGAGAAGCAGCAAUUGCUACUGAAUAAAUGGCACAUGGCGCGUCAAGGGAAAGGCAGCUUUCCAGCAGACGGUAAGCAGACGGCCACGCCUGGCGGGCUGGGCAAUAAUACCGAUGUCGUCUUCACCGACGAGGGCAAGGCCAAGUCCAUUGGCAAGCUCCUAGAGCUGAUCAAGCAGCGCGCCGAGCACUUGGACUCGCUGACGGGUAUGCGCGCCCUCGUCGUCGGCAUGCCCAACGCCGGCAAGAGCACGCUGCUCAACGCCAUGCGCCGCGUCGGCAUGCACCUGGGCAAGGCCGCCAAGACGGGCGGACAGCCAGGCGUGACGCGCAAGCUGGGAACCCCCGUCCGCAUCAUUGCCGAGGACGAGAAGCGCGGCAUUGAGCAAGGCGUCUACGUCGUCGACACCCCGGGCGUCUUUAUCCCCUACGUCGGCGACGUGGGCGCCAUGCUCAAGCUCUCCCUCGUCGGCUGCGUCAAGGACGGCGUCGUCCCCGUCGAGACCCUGGCCGAUUACCUGCUCUACCUCGUCAACCAGCGCGAUCCGCGACUCUAUGAAGAGUUUUCCGAACCCACAAACGACGUCAACGAGUGGCUCGACCGCAUCGCCCUGCGCAACGGCAAGUUGCUCAAGGGCGGCGAGCCCGCCCGUGAGCAAGCCGCCACCUUUGUCGUACAGCAGUGGCGCAAGGGUCUCCUCGGCCGCUUUACCCUCGAUGAGGUCAAUGAGGAAACCCUGCGGGUGUGGUCCAGAAAGGGACUUCCCGGUGGCGAGGACGAGCCCCUCUCCAUGAACCAGGCCCGCAAGAGGGAGAAGGAAGCCAGGAAGCAGCGGAGUCUUGCCAAGCGGGCUGCGGCCGCGGAUAGCGGUUGA